CUGGAUUUUUUCAGCAACCUCACCCGGUGUGUCGAAUUUCUAACGGAACAAAACCAGGCGCACAACGUGUUUAUUACUCGAGCGCAGCCAAUUCGUACGAGCGGACCCGUGCAGGAGGAAGAUCGUGCACGUGUACGGCCACAAUACGUCACCGCCUACGUAUUCCCACGGGUAAACGCCAGCGGUGCAAAACCGCCAACAAAUUUCAAUCCUGCCGCCAAUGAGCUUGCCGGUUGCCUUACAUCCUAUACAAUACGGUUUUUCGAAUCUGCCAGUGAACAGUCUUGUGUACGGAUUAUCGAGGAAGAAGCCCAGUUAGAAAGUGAGGUAUUCCAAAAACUAGCCUUGGACUUUUCUGAUCUGCUUAGCAAUCGACCACUUGGCUCAUCACAUUGUUCGCAUAAUAAUGCUUUGGAGGUGUGUUUAAUUAUUUUAUCAUUCAAGAUUGCCAACAGUUUGCAAGGGAGAUCGAUUAGUGACCAGCGAGGAGAUAAUCGACAGAAUUGCAACAUUAGAACGCGUCAAAAGCGCUCGGCUUUUUUUUACACUCGGCAAUCGCGUGCUUCAUCGAUGCCGCCUCCAAUCAUCCACUUUGCAAAUGAGGGACAAAAUCCAUGGGACAGUUCUUUUCAACCCUUGCCGGGUGUUACGAGAAGCACAGCAUGGUAA